AUGGCGCGUGACUGCUGUGGUCCGCCAGCGCAGCCGCCUGCAUCGACCCUGACGCAGGGCGAUAAGGCCUCAAGCCAGUGCAGCGACAAUUGCUGUGAUGGUACUGAGCAAGUCAGCAUCAACGACGAGCACGACCAGAAGCCUGAUGAUUUCAGCAGUGCUUACAAGACUACUCACGCCGCAGAGAGCGAUGACAACGCUGUUCCAGACUGUUGCCGCGGAAAACGGGCUCCCUGCUGCGAUGUUUCUUGUCUAGACCGCCUGGCCUUGCGUGAAUGUGAGACGGGCGACGCUGCAGCUCAAGGCGAAAAUACCCCGUGCACUACGGGCUGCUGCUCCCAGGCCAGUUCAUCCUGCGCUGGGGUGACAGAUGGGAAAGCCUGUGGCCAGCAUCGUCGCUCCACGCGCGACCGCUACGGUUCAACCCUCGAAGCCAUCGGGUGCAUAUGCCGCGCUCUCUUGGCCCUUGGACUAGAGUCUUGCUGUGAAUCCCGACAGCGAUCUUCGCUGGAGAAGAAGCGCUGCUCCAAGAACUCAUCUACGCGAUCUCUCAAACGCGCUUCGAUUGAUUCGUGCUGCUCCACUGGCUCCGAAGCCAAGAGUCUUACCGCCAAGAAACGGAUGCAGCCACGAAAUGACCUCGGGCGAAACUCCACGGAUAAUCUCCAGGGUGAUAGCUGCUCCAAAUCUUGCUGUUCCAAAGCGGUAACCGACUCGGCGAAGACGCCACCACGACCCAGCUGUGCAAAGUCUUGCUGUGAUGAAAAGGACGGCAAUAAAAAAACCCCUUCCCCUACUGCCGUAUGCCCCGGGUCGUGCUGCAAACCGGCCAAAAGCGACGCGGGCAAAACAGCACCCCCGCCUAUCGAUCCGGAUCCUUGCGGCGAAGCCAAGAAGUCUAGCGCUCUGAAAGCGCCUCCUAACAAGGAAUGUUCUGGACCUUGCUGUGGCACUGUGAAGACCGAAGUCAUAGAAGCGGUUCCAAAGCCAACCUGUGCCGGAUCUUGCUGUGCGGCAAAGCGAGCUGACACCCCGGAUCCCUCCUGCUCCGAUGGUUGCUGUCCUUCGGACAAUCCAAUAGCUGGUCUGGCCGAGAAGAACGGUCUGACUGCUGCCAUCCAAGAUUUGGAGAAUCAGGGCAUGGGUAAUGAACGAGUUGUUCUUAGCAUCUCUGGCAUGACCUGCACCGGGUGUGAGACAAAGCUGAACAGAACGCUUGCCACAGUGCCCGCUGUCAAGAGUCUGAAAACAAGCUUGGUUCUCUCGAGAGCCGAGUUUAACAUAGACCUUCGCCUCAGCUCCGUUGAUGAAGUCAUCAAGCACCUAGAACGAACAACCGAAUUCAAGUGCCAGAGACUCGCCACCAAAGGAACAACCAUUGACAUCAUUGUCCCGCAAAACCCAUCCAACUUUGUCAACCAGGAAUGGCCAGUUGGAGUCACUGAUAUUUCCAUCAUUGAAGGCAACACAGUUCAAAUCUCCUUUGACGCAAAAAUUGUCGGUGCUCGAGAUCUCCUAGAGAAGAGUUGGGACCAUUCCAUCGAACUCGCACCUCUGCGUGGUGACCCGUCACUUGAGGCCGGCAGCAAGCAUGUCCGUCAUGUCGGAUACACAACCUUUCUCUCAGCAAUCCUGACAAUCCCUGUUUUGGUCAUGGCAUGGGCUCCGAUACCAGAAAGAGAGGUUGCAUAUAGUUCUGCCUCCCUUGCGUUGGCUACCAUCGUUCAGACCGUCAUCGCAGGCCCGUUCUACCCGAAGGCUUUGAAGGCGCUCGUCUUUUCCAGGGUCAUCGAGAUGGAUCUCUUGAUUGUCUUGAGUACCAGCGCAGCGUACAUCUUCUCGGUGGUUUCAUACGGAUAUCUGAUGGCUAAAAAGCCACUCUCGACCGGGCAAUUCUUCGAGACAAGUACCCUCUUGGUUACCCUUAUCAUGGUCGGUCGCUACGUUGCAGCUCUUGCCCGUCAAAGAGCCGUGGAAUCCAUUUCGAUCCAGUCCCUGCAAUCUUCGACUGCUAUUCUCGUGGAUGAAGGCAACGGCCCCGACCAAGAGAUUGAUUCCCGACUCCUACAAUAUGGUGACGUUUUCAAGGUUCUGCCAGACACCAGGAUCCCGACUGAUGGCACUGUCAUCACGGGAUCCUCAGACGUCGAUGAGUCUAUGCUCACUGGUGAAUCCAGACCUGUUGAGAAGCAUCCCAAGUCAGUUGUGAUUGCUGGGUCGAUCAAUGGGCCAGGCCUGUUGGUGGUUCGUCUCACUCGCCUUCCCAGCGACAACACCAUCAAUGCCAUUGCGGCCAUGGUCGACGAAGCCAAGCUAUCAAAGCCUAAAAUCCAGGACCUGGCAGAUCAGGUAGCAUCUUACUUUGUUCCAGUUGUGGUUAUUUUGACCAUCCUCACCUUUUCCGUCUGGAUCGCAAUCGGCGUGGCUGUUCGGAACCAAAGCGGAUCCCAGGCGACGGUUCAGGCCAUCACCUACGCGAUUACUGUGCUCAUUGUUUCUUGCCCUUGCGCGAUUGGGCUUGCGGUCCCGAUGGUCAUUGUAAUUGCCAGCGGCGUAGCAGCAGAACGAGGUGUCAUCUUCAAGUCUGCAGAUGCGAUCGAGGUUGCCUACAAGGCCUCGCAUGUGGUUUUUGACAAGACGGGGACUUUGACCCGGGGUAAACUCGCCGUGGCUGUGGAGCACCAUGUCGCGGAUUCCGAAUCCUCAUUGUCGCUGCUUCUGGGUUUGAUUGGAGACAGUCGACACCCAGUGUCUGUCGCUGUUGCAACACACCUGAAGGGCAAGGGAAUACUCGCGUCGACUGUGUCUGAGCCCAAGAGCCUGACAGGUCGGGGUAUCGAAACUACAGCAGCGGGCCAAAACUUAAGAGCCGGUAACUCUCGUUGGCUAAAUCUCUCCUCGCAUGCCGUUGUUCAAUCGAUGCUUGCACAACGUUAUACCGUCUUCUGCUUCACGAUCAACGAUGCUCUAACAGCGGUCUAUGGCCUCGAAGAUGACCUCCGAGCCGAUGCUGCCGAAACAGUCACGGCUCUACAAAAUCACGGCAUCUCCGUCCAUGUGGUGUCUGGUGAUGACGAUGGUGCUGUUCAAAGCGUGGCUGUGAAGCUUGGAAUUCCUGAUGAAAACGUCCGAGCCCGGAGCUCCCCUGCAGAUAAGAGGGACUACAUCCAGACUCUCCUCGGUGAUUUGAAAAAUAGCAAGAAGCCAGUGGUCAUAUUCUGUGGUGAUGGAACCAACGACGCUGUCGCGCUCGCCCAGGCCACGAUCGGCGUCCACAUCAACGAAGGCACCGACGUCGCACAGUCAGCUGCAGACGUCGUGCUCAUGCGGCCUGCUGUAUCGGGGAUUCUCACCAUGAUGAGUGCGAGCAAGGCAUCGGUCAACCGCAUCAAAUUCAACUUCGCAUGGAGCUUCGUCUACAACGUUUUCGCUAUCCUCUUGGCCGCGGGAGCAUUUGUCAAUGCGAGAAUUCCCCCGGAGUUUGCAGGGCUCGGCGAAUUGGUGAGCGUGCUGCCAGUCAUCGCAGCCGCGGUGCUUCUGCGUUGGACCAAGUUCUAA